UAUGAGUCAAAAAUUCUUAAUAACUCUAUUUAUAGCAUUAUUAUUGUUACAAAUUGUAGAUUGCAAGAAAUCAAGUGGAACAAAAAGUGGAACCAAAGGAUGUAUUUAUUUAAUUAUUUAAAUUUAUAGCAUCAUCAUCUACAAAGCCUUAUUCAUCAUCUUCUAGUAGUUCAUCAAAACACUAUUCUGGAGAAUCAAGUGUUAGUCCAUUAGUUGAAUUUUUAGCUGGGAUUUUAUUAUUCUUUUUAUCAUUUCCUAUAUUAUGGCUUAAUGAAUACAAGUAUUAUUCAUUUAAAAAUACAGAGCUGCUGAAAAUGAAGUAAAUUUAGAGAGAGCAGAGAAAGAAUGUGUAUCAACUAAUUGUCUUGAAAUCAAUUCUAAUUUAGAGAAAAGAUUAAUACACAUAAAUGGUUAGAUAAGAACUGAUAAUAUUCUUAAAGAUGAAUAAUUUGGAGUAGAGAUUUAAAAUUGUUUGGUAUUGAAGCGUAAAGUUGAAACUUAUCAAUGGAUUAAAAAAGAAGAAACUGAAGGAGUGGGUAAAGAUAAAAAAGUUAAAGUAUUUUUUGUUACAGAAUGGUCUGCAAUUUAAUAAGAAAGUUAUGAAAAUUUUUAGAAUGAUGAAUAGGAUUGGACAGUCAAAAAGAAAUCUAAAUAUGCUAAAGAGGCUUAUUUAGGAGCUUAUCUACUUACUAAAUUCUAAUUAAAAUAAGCUAAAAAUUUUGAAGUGAUCUAACCAUAAUAAGAAUGGAUCAGUAUUUGUGAACAAGCAUUUCCUAAAAAGACUCAAGAUCAUAUGUAAGGCUGUAAUCAAUUAUCAAAAUUAGUAAAAUACAAGAUGAAUAUGUAUAUUUAAACAAGGUUCAUGGUAAUUUCACAGUAGGAGAUCAAAGAAUACGUUUUUUUAAGGUAAAAUGUGGAGAUGCCACAGUUGUUUCUUAAUAAAAGGGUAACUCUUUUGAACCAUACUCAUUAAAUGUUAAAGAUAGUAAAUUACUUAAUGAUUAUGAUGACAAAGGAAGUGAUCAUUCUAUCUAUAUUGGAUAAGAUUUAUCAUAGAUUUUAAAAGAUAAAGAUGAUGACAAUGGAAUUUAAAAAUAACUCAAACAUUUAUUAGAACCAAUUAAAUAUAUUGAUUGGCUAUUAGAAAAAGUCUUAACAAUUCAUGAAGUAUUUGAUCAUAAGCUUAAGGAAUCACGUAAAUUGACAUUAGCAGUUAGAUUUUUAGGAUUUUUAUUGAUGGUAAAUCUAUCUUAAUAUAUAUUUAGUUCUUUGGAUUAAUGUUGUUCUUUUCGCCUGUUGUAUAUGUAAUUUCUUGGUUCCCUUUUCUUGGUCGUUUCAUGGCUGAAUUGUCUACAUUUUUCUUUGCUAUUGUUAGUGCCUUAAUAUCUAUACCUUUGACUUUAAUAACAAUUGCCUUAGCUUGGCUCAGAUUUCAUCCAAAAAGAGCUCUUCUAAUAUUUGGAAUUGGUUUCAUGAUCGGUUUUUCAGUUUGGGUAAUCAUUUCUAAAAAAGGCUCCCACUAAUAUUAAGAAGAAUAUGAUAAUUAUUGA